ACCGCAACCACCAUCCUCUGCCUCACCCCCGAGCCUCUCACCUACAAUAGCUAUCCAUACUGCACUUUCUUAACACCGUUGCCUUUUGCUCGGCCGCUCCUGACCGGCUUUACAAAGGCUUACUGUCUCUCCUGCCCUCAUCCACCUGACAUGGCUGGCCAAAUGCAGAUCGAUAUGAGCAAUGCUCAGAUGGUACGGGACGAAAACGGCCGACCUUUCAUCAUUGUCAGAGAGUGAGCAAUCUUACUCUCCCCUCUUCUCACUCUGAUACAUCACCAGAUGAUUGAGUGUUGACCCGUUCAAUUGUACAGCCAGGGUAGCAAAAAGCGGCAACACGGCACCGAAGCUGUCAAGUCCCAUAUUUUGGCUGCUAAGACUGUAGCAAAUAUUGUCAAGUCCUCCCUAGUAUGCUCAAACGAAUGAGCCAAACAGGGUCGGCAAGUUUCUGAUACCUGUGUGGUUUAGGGACCCCGGGGACUCGAUAAAAUCUUAAUAUCUCCUGAUGGCGACAUUACGGUUACAAAUGAUGGCGCUACCAUUCUCGGACAGGUUACAUCUACCACCCCCUUCCCCUCCCCAAGUCUAAUGCCAAUAAUUCUAACACCCACUGCUUCCACAGAUGGAAAUCGAGAACCACGUAGCGAAACUCCUUGUCGAACUAUCCAAAUCCCAAGACGACGAAAUUGGUGACGGAACUACUGGUGUUGUUGUCCUUGCUGGAGCCCUCCUGGAGGCCGCUAGCGACCUUAUCGACAAAGGAAUUCAUCCCAUUCGGAUUGCAGAUGGUUUUGACUUGGCAUGUGAUGUUGCGGUGGCUCAUCUCGAUCGGAUCUCGGAUGUGGUACAAUUCUCGAAGGCCAAUCUCGAUAAUCUCACACGGGCUGCAAAAACAUCCUUGGGAAGCAAAAUGUUUGAUAGAAUUCUAGGUGUCCGGCAUUAUGCAUCUGGUACUAAUGGAUUUUACAUAGCGUUUCAAUAGCACACGACAAGUUCAGCAAGAUCGCCGUCGACGCCGUAAUUUCCGUUGCCGACCUAGACCGCAAGGACGUCGACUUUGAGCUAAUCAAGGUUGAUGGGAAGGUAGGCGGCGCUCUCGAAGACUCGAUGCUCGUCAAGGGUGUCAUUAUCGACAAGGACAUGUCCCAUCCGCAAAUGCCACGGAUUGUCGAGGACGCCAAAAUCGCCAUCUUAACUUGUGCAUUCGAGCCACCCAAGCCCAAAACUAAGCACAAACUUGACAUCACUACUGUUGAAGAGUUCAGGCGCCUCCAGGCUUACGAAAAGUCGAAAUUCGAGGAGAUGAUUAAGCAAAUCAAGGAUACCGGCGCCAAUCUAGCUAUCUGCCAGUGGGGUUUCGACGAUGAGGCUAACCACUUGCUACUUCAGAACAAAUUGCCUGCCGUUCGAUGGGUCGGUGGUCCAGAGUUGGAGCUGAUUGCCAUUGCCACCAAUGGAAGGAUUGUUCCCCGGUUCGAGGACCUGACGGCGGAGAAGUUGGGGAGGGCUGGUGUCGUUCGCGAGCUCUCCUUUGGAACUACGAGGGAUCGGAUGCUGGUUAUUGAGGAGUGUGCAAACACAAGAGCUGUAACUGUCUUCGUGAGAGGUAGUAACAAAAUGGUUAGUUCAAACCUAACCCGGUCGUUCCUCCUGGCGCCUGAUUAGCUAACUACUAGCAACAGAUUAUCGACGAGGCUAAACGUGCACUACAUGAUGCUCUGUGUGUUGUGAGGAAUCUCGUCAAAGACAACAGAGUUGUCUAUGGUGGUGGUGCUGCAGAAAUCUCUUGCUCUCUGGCAGUUUCUGAGGAGGCAGACAAGGUAUGUCCAACCCUGCUCCGUACACCCCCACCUCGAAACUAUAAUAACCCAGUCCUAUAGACCCCUGGACUAGAGCAAUAUGCCAUACGUGCCUUCGCAAACGCACUAGACGCCAUCCCUAUGGCCCUCGCCCAAAACUCCGGUCUUUCGCCCAUAGAAACUCUUGCAUCCAUCAAGUCCCGACAAGUCCGCGAGAACAACUCAAGGCUGGGGGUGGACUGUAUGAUGACCGGAAACAACGACAUGCGAGACCUCUUCGUCAUCGACCCGUUGAUUGGAAAGCGCCAGCAACUCCUCCUUGCAACUCAACUUUGCAGAAUGGUGCUGAAGGUGAACAACGUUAUCAUUGCGGGGAGCAGCGACAACGAAUUUUAGAGACCCCUAAAUCAGGUGUGCUCGGAGGGGGGGGGGGUGGAUCAAAAGCAAAAAAAUUUCGUAGUUGCUACCAGACAUGUCAAUAGAUAGAGGUGUAUGGAAUCAGCGAAUGCCUGCUCGCCCCCGGGCGCGGGUUUGAGAUCAAGGGUUACUCG